AUUUUUCUCUCACACGUCUACAAACUUGAAAGUUGAAACCCCAAAACCCAUACUUCUCUCCUUCUCUCAUCUUCCUCUACAUUGGCCAUCUCUCAGAUCUCUGCAGAGUGCAGACCCAUUUGUGAAGAAAAGAGAGAGCUUGAAGAAAUUAAAACACACGAAAGAGGCAUUUGGGAAGUCAGAUGUCUCAUGUGAGAUGAAGAAGAACCACUUCUACUCACCCCCUACUCUUGCACUCCUCAUUGUCUUCUUUGUUGGGUUGGUCUGUGUUUGCUCUGUUGAGCAACACAUCUCUAUUACUAGCCAUGGAGGUCUCACUGAUGCCGAGGCACACUAUAUCAGGCACCGACAGUUGCUGUACUACAGGGAUGAAUUCGGUGACCGAGGAGAGAGAGUCACUGUAGACCCAUCUCUGGUUUUUGAGAAUGAUAGAAUUAAGAAUGCUUACUAUGCUUUACAAGCUUGGAAGCAAGCCAUUCUCUCCGAUCCAUUGAAUCUCACUGCGAAUUGGGUUGGGGUUAAUGUCUGCAACUACACCGGCGUUUUCUGUGCUUCUGCACUUGACAACCCGAAGAUCCGAACGGUCGCCGGCAUUGAUCUUAACCAUGGUGAUAUUGCAGGGUACUUGCCGGAGGAGCUUGGGUUACUCGUCGAUCUCGCAUUGUUCCACAUCAAUUCCAACAGGUUCUGCGGUACUGUGCCGCAGAAGUUCAAGAAGUUGAAGCUCCUGUUCGAGCUAGAUCUUAGCAACAACAGAUUCGCUGGGAAGUUCCCUAAAGUGGUUCUUUCCCUGCCCACGCUGAAAUUCUUAGAUCUGAGAUUCAACGAAUUUGAAGGUACUGUCCCGCCAGAGCUUUUCGAUAAGGAUUUGGAUGCUAUCUUCAUCAACCACAACCGCUUUGUGUUCGAUCUGCCGAGCAAUUUUGGUAACUCUCCGGUUUCGGUGAUUGUGCUGGCGAACAACAAGUUCCAUGGCUGUGUACCUUCAAGUCUUGGGAACAUGUCGAAUCUGAAUGAGAUAAUUAUGAUGAAUAAUGGGUUCAGAUCGUGUUUGCCUCCUGAGAUAGGUAUGCUCAAGAACUUGACUGUGUUUGAUGUAAGCUUUAAUGAGUUAAUGGGUCCGUUACCGAACACUAUUGGUGGUAUGGUUAGUCUUGAACAGCUAAAUGUGGCUCACAAUAUGCUAUCCGGGAGUAUUCCGGCAAGUAUUUGUCAGCUGCCUAAUCUGCAGAACUUCACCUAUAGUUAUAAUUUCUUCACCGGAGAGCCGCCAGUGUGCUUGAGCUUGCCGGACUUCGAUGAUAAGAGGAAUUGUCUGCCGGCGAGGCCGAAGCAGAGGUCGGCUGGGCAAUGCCGGGCGUUUUUGUCCAAGCGUGUGGAUUGCAGCUCCUUUAGAUGUGCGCCUUUUGUGCCUUCUUUGCCUCCACCACCACCCCCAUCACCGCCAAUUCCGGUGCCCACGCCUCCUGUUGUGGUGCCGUCUCCUCCCCUGCCAGUAUCAUCGCCUCCCCCACCUGUUAUCACUCCCAAAUCUCCACCUCCCCCUCCUCCAGUUCUUUUACCGCCUCCACCACCACCAGUUUCCUCACCCCCACCACCACCGGCCCCUGUUAAUUCACCGCCUCCUCCCUCUCCUCCACCCCCGCCUCCUGUUUACUCUUCUCCCCCACCACCACCUCCUCCUCCCCCUCCUCCGCCAGUUUACUCUCCACCUCCACCUCCUCCAUCGCCACCCCCACCAAUCUACUCUCCACCACCCCCACCAGUUUACUCUCCACCUCCCCCAUCGCCCCCACCUCCAUCCCCACCACCGCCAUCGCCUCCAUCACCUGUUGUGUCUCCCCCACCACCAUCACCCUCACCACCUAUCCCAUAUUGUGUACAUUCCCCACCGCCGCCCCCUCCAAAUUCACCACCACCUCCAACUCCAGUUUUCUCUCCACCGCCGCCAAUUCCUUACCAUUACAGCUCACCACCACCCCCUUCACCACCUCCACCGCCACAUUCUCCACCACCUCCUCCACAUUCUCCUCCACCUCCUAUUUAUCCCUAUCUAUCACCCCCACCACCACCUCCUCCAGUCCAUUCUCCACCUCCACCAUCCUCGCCUCCAUGUAUAGAACCCCCUCCUCCACCUCCUCCACCAUGUAUAGAGUAUUCACCACCUCCUCCACCAUCACCACAACCAACUCCUUAUAAGCCCCCACCAUCACCCUCACCUCCACCACCACCAGUAACAUACUCGUCACCACCUCCACCACCACUUCACUACCAUUCCCCUCCUCCACCAUCACCAUCACCCCCACCAGUGGUUCAUUAUCAGUCCCCACCUCCUCCUGUUCACUACCAAUCCCCACCCCCUCCAUCGCCAUCUACACCACCACCCCCAGUUCCAUGUGAAAAUCCACCACCUGCUCCCUCACCACCAUCGCCAAUUGUUUAUGGUAGCCCACCGCCUCCAGCCCCAGUGUACGAAGGUCCAUUGCCACCCAUUCCUGUGAUUUCAUAUGCUUCGCCUCCACCGCCACCCUUCUAUUGAUUCUUUUGAGAAUUUUCUUCCUCGAACCUCAACACAAAAUUUUACAUUUUGAAUCAGCGAUUAGUGUUCUUAUCUCUUACUUCAUUGGGCAAUUCUCAUCGCUCGUGGAGGAAGAGUUGGAAAAUCGGGACAGAAGGUCUGCAUUUGUAGAAUUCACCACGGGCAUUGUUCUCUCAGUGGGAUUUCUUUUAAAUUUGAUUGUUGUUAAUGAGACUGGCACAAGAAGUGGAAGACAGAGAUGGUGAGGUAAGAGGAGAAAGUCCCUCCAUAUUUAUUUGAAUUGCUAUGAAUAUUUGAGUCGUGAAAUAAAAAUGGCGGAGAAAGAGUUGUAGGUUGCAGUGAAAGUGUAUGUAUAGAGACCAUAAUUCAGGGCUUACAAAAUGCAGCUGUUGCUGCUGCUUUCGUUGGGUUUUACUGUUAUUAAUUAUCUCUUCUUUUAUAUCAUACUUUUGUUUAUUUUUUUUUUGCUUUCCAAUUUUAUAGUAUAAUCAUGAACAUUUCACUUGUAUUGAUUUUUAUGAAUUCAUGUUGAUUGGUUCUCUGCA